UAUGCUUAUUUUUGUGCCCUCUGGGCCAUUAUGUCCAAGUAGGAGUUGGGGUAUUAAGCUGUGGCCUGCGAGUGGAACAAAGCUGAAGGGCUCACAGGAACAAUGAGCGGUGUUUCACAGUAACCAGGAUGGGUGGUGCUAAAAGGCUUUUCGUGCUAUUUCCAUGUGUCUCGAAGGGCUAGUUAUCCUUUGGAACCUCUUCUUGAGAUUCAGGCUUCACCUCCAGUGGGGUGGGUGUAAGGAUCCAGGGAUCCAGGAUCCACUAUGGCAAUGCACAUGACAGAACUGUUUGACACAACUAUAGAGCAACUGUACAACAUCUUCACCACAAAAGAUUUGGUGCAACAAUUUUCUAUAUCUCCUGCGGUAUUAGAAGCUGAGAAGGGGGGGAAAUUCCAAAUAUUUGAUGGGAACAUCACUGGUGAAUAUAUAGAAUCGUUGACAAAUAAAAAUAUUGUCAUGAAAUGGAGAUGUGGGAACUGCCAGAAGGUAUGUUAUUAGUAUUCUGUUACUAGAGUCUACACUCAAGCUUGCCCCUGUGCCCCACCCCCCUGAACACUAUCCAACAGUUGCACUGAAUUUUGUGCCUACUGCAGGGCAAACUGAAUUGCAAUUAGACUGUAAAGGAGUUCCUGUCUGUAAAGAAGAGAGCAUGAAAUUCUGUUGGCAGAAGCACCAUUUUCAAGAAAUAAAAGGUUUACUGCAGCUGACCACCUUUUAUAAGGGUAUUACUUUUUGUAAGCAGGAAAAGUAUCAAGUUUACUUCCUCACUAUUUCUCUUUUUAAAAAAGAAAAAACACAAUUUAUAUUGGAUGAAAUCCAUGAACUUACACAGAAUUCGAA